AUGGAAGGCUCCAAAGAACUCUGUCCAAGCAGGCCACCUAGCAGAGAAAUGCACGCUUCGGGAUUGGAAGACUCCCCUAGCUUCCGGCAGUCGCUUCAGGAUGCCAUUGGUAGGGGUGAAGCUGCAGAAAUUAGAGAUACAAUGUGGAACAAAGUAUGGUACAUCACCAUGAGAUAUCGCCAUGACGGUUAUUCUACGGCGACAUUCGAACCUCAACUGCAUGAUUUCUGGUAUGCCUGCUAUCAGGCAGGCAGGCACAUCUCGCACGAGAGUGCCGAACACGAUCGCUUGCUGCUUGACAUACUCCGGUUCCGCGCAAUAGGCCCUUUGAAGAGACCAGCAAAGCACAACCACCAGGACACCGAGUUUGCCAAGACAUCAGCUGGGGUCCUGUGGAAAGAUUUGCCUUUCCUUGUCACAGACAUGACAGACUACUGGGUUAAUGACUGCGCAACGAUGAAUGCUACUCAGCGCUGCAACGUUGCCCGUUUUCUCGCCAAACUGGCCUCAGCAGGCGUCAGCAGUGAUGGGCUUUUCCAAAUCGCUCUGUUGACUAUGCGUGAUGCACUGGAGACCGCGCGGCCCCUUGGCAGCCUCAAAAGCCCUAAUGAGGAUAAUGCCAACCGCACGAUGAAGGAUCUGACCGUUGCUGAUUUACUGCCGGCGGUACACGCCUGGUUCCAAGAAGCAAGGUACAAGAUAACUCAACUCUCAGAUGAGUUGUGGAACGACUGUUCUGAUGAUUUCGGCCGCGGAGGGCCCACCUUCCUUAAGUCGGAACUGGGGAAAAGAUCAAAUUCGGGAUUUAGUCACUGGAGAUGGAUGUUCUGGCUGAAACGCCUGGAGGAUAUCAAACAAGAAGCCAAAGAAGCUGGCGAGAAGGACAUUGCGGAGUUAGUCUCAGAGAUACAUGAAAGUAUGACGGGCCAGCUCGAGGAUGGAAACCGCCAGGUAUUCGAAAAAUUUGAGACUGCAGGAGAGCUGAUUCCAAACCGGAAGGACUUCAGCAUCAGACAUCUCAUCGAUAGAGUAUUCGACGAGUGGAAGCAAAGCAAUCCAGAGGACGACGAUGGCGCUCAGGAGGCCCAACAAUCUCUAGAGACUCUACAAAUUCGAUCGACGGGAAAGACUCCAUAG